AUGUGAUCCAACAAUUUUCGAGCAGUUUUUCGUAGAAUCUCGAUCAUGUUAAAUCUGUCAUCGAAAUUUCAAAGACAAGUUGAAAUCAAGAAAAGGAGAAGUGAUUGGUGGUUAUUUCAUGCUACGGAUUUUCAAUCCUUGAUGUAUCCUUGUUUCUUUUUUUGUCGCAUUCUCGGAAUAUUUCCAUACAAGAUCAACGGUUCAUCUUUUGAAAAUUCUAAACCGUGUUACCUUUUAUCAACUAUAGUUAUGUGUAUCUUCACUAGUUGCGCGCUAAUAAUAAUAACAGACAUUCCUGGAUGGUUCCAGGUCUCAACAGUAUCAAAAAUGAUUGAACUUCAUUUUGUUUAUAUUUUCGGCAGUUUCCUAACGAUUGUCACGUACGUUCUAAGCGGUCCACAAAAGCAAUUACUACAUACCAUACUGAAAAACUCUUUAAUACUUCCUUCGAAGACGUAUCGGAAACAUUCUAUGCUGAUUCAUGCCAAAGACAUUUUCGGUUUUUUCAUUUUAUUCGGGCAUUUAUUAAUAAUCAUUAUUUCUGCAAUUCAUAUGUCUCUCUGGGCGAAGUUAUCUUUAAUGUACAACAUUCUAGUAAAAUUUGUGAUGAAUAUGCUGUACAUAAAUUGCGUUUACGUAUUAAAAGCUUGUUUUAAGAAAAUCAACGACGAUUUGAAAAAUUUACUUGUAACAAACGACAAACAUUUAGUUAAGUGGAUCUGUCGCAAGCAAAGUAACCCUUUAUUGUUGAUGGAGCUCAACGCCUUGAAGAAACGACAUUUGACGAUUAGCGCUUCAGUGCAAAUGCUAAAUAUAAUUUACAGUCCGCAGCUCCUCGCAUCCUUAGUUAUAAUAUUCAUCCGUAUUACUUUUGAAAUAUAUUCCAAUGUUGUACAUUGGCAAAAUGGAUAUGUCGUAUGGUCAUCCGAGAACAUUCAAAUAAACGUAGUGAUAUACCUUUGGGCUUAUUUUAUUUUGAAAAUAUUACUGAUGGCAUGGGUUUGCGAAACUGGAAAAAAUGAAGCCAUAAAGAUUAGCACUACCGUUCACGAUGCAAUUAAUAGGACCAGUGACGAACAAAUUAAAUAUGAGGUACCAAAAAGUUGAAAUUUGUUUA